AAGCUUUGUACCUUUCUCAUCCCUCCCCCACGGACGACAUGAAUGACUGGCUUUCCUUCCCCAUUUACGAGAGCCUCAAUCAGGACCUUGCUAUCCAGCGGUUCUGUCCGGCAAGAGCCGAGCUCGAACAAGGAGAAUGGGAGGUACUGAACGAGAUUGAAAUUGAAUCCUUUUCUCCUUCCAACGACACCGGUACACCCCAGUUAGCAGCCUCCGAGGUAGAUGACUUUGUCGACAGCUUCAUCAACAUCGAUGAUGAUCUGAACGAAAAGGAAGAUCAAAACUCCCCCAUUACCCAACAAGACAAUCUCGAGGAAUUUGCAAUGGUGAACAAUGCCAACCUGACGAAACAGUGGAGUUAUGGUCUGGACCAAGGCCUUAAUUUACCUGGUUCACCUAUUGCUAGCAUGUGCGGACGCAGUAGGCUGCCGGGACACGCAGCUGGCGGAGUCCAUAUUGGGUCAAAUCUGGGCGUGUGCUUCUCCAUGGGGGAGGAGAAGAUUGAAGCAUUUCAUCUCCUUGACCAAACAACUCCUUACAUUGCAUUUGGUUUCAUGGUUGCAGAUGAAGCCAUGCCCCAAGGUCCUCCAAGACUCCGAAUCACUGGAUUAACCAAUGGUGGAAACCCGUUUGAGCUUGAAGCCAGCAUGAAAGCUGUCGUUGAGGAUGCUAGUUUGCUAGGCAUUUGUCUGGAAUUUAAUAUAGUAUCAAAGCCUGUUACAACGUCUUUGUUAACAACAGAGAAUUUGCGGUUAACGGAAGGGGAGACGUUAUUCGUCAACAGUAUAAUGCACUUGCAUAAAUAUGUGAAAGAAAGCAGGGGCUCUCUCCAGGCAAUUCUCCAAGCAAUCAAGAAACUAGGUCCAACUUUGGUCACGGUGAUGGAGCAAGAUGCCAACCAUAAUGGGCCCUUCUUCCUGGGGAGGUUCCUUGAAGCCCUUCACUAUUAUUCUGCCAUCUUUGAUUCCCUUGAGGCCAGUCUCCCUCGGAACAGUCCUCAGAGGAUGAAGAUUGAGAGGGUUCAUUUUGCAGAAGACAUCAGGAACAUUGUAGCUUAUGAAGAGGCAGAUAGGGUGGAGAGGCACGAGAGGGCAGAUCAAUGGAGAAGACAACUUGGGAGAGCUGGGUUUCGAGGGGUGGGAUUGAAGUGUCUGAGUCAAGCUGGGAUGAUGUGGUCUGUUUAUGGCUGUGAUGGGUGUACUUUGGCCACUGAGAAGGGCUGUCUCCUCCUUGGGAGGAAGGGGAGGCCAAUAAUGCUGGCAUCCGCAUGGCAAGUGCACAAUUCUUCAUCAUCCUAGCAUUAUUCAGACAUUGCUUUCUAAGGAAAUUACUGCAUGAAGAUAAUAAGGCUUAUUUUAGGUACGUUGUCAACACAUUACCCUGAAGGUGAUAGUUUCAUCCCUUGAGCCUCUUUCGUCAUAGAUAUUGCUGUUUCUAUGGUUUUUGCAUGAGUUAUUUGCCACACAAUACUCAAACUACUGUGCCAUUGAUAGCAAAAUCAAAUAAUUGCAGAAAU